AUGCAUGGCCAAAACUGGGGUCCGACUGGGGUUCCAAACUCAGAUAGAGCGGCAUUGGAGGUCAAUGUCAAGGAAAUGGAUGCCCCCUACAACUCGCUAUUCCAUCACGAGCAAGAGUUACGUAGGCUAGCAGAGACAAACCCAGACUACAAGGCCGUGGUCUGUCCCCUGAUCACUUUCCUGGAACAACAUUACCGAAUGGAAUAUGACGAAGCAGAGGAUACCUUCAACCAAGGCCUUGUGUCAGCUCUACAUCUUGGAAAGCUGUUUAAACCGAGCGAUAUCGUGGUUGCUCGCCAUCCACAGACUGGAGUUGUCUCUGUAUCGCUCCGUGGCUGGUGCUGGGGGAAUGAUGGAAAGCAGUUAUUGAGAGUUCCCUGGAUCAGUACUGUCGAGAUGCCACCCGGUGCCGAAGCAACCCAAGUGGUACCCAUAGCAAAACUCACCAUUUAUCCAUUUCGGUUUGCUUCACCGGAAGAUCAGCAACAGCUCAGGUGGCGGGGGAAGAAGUACUGGCGCGCGAGAGAGAGCUAUUACUCCGAAUACACGGGACGGGAUGCUGAUGGUCAGCGUUCCUACGCUCGAUCAAGGUUGAUGGUUGAUGUUUCAACAUACUACCAAGAGCAUGGAAUCGGAUUUGCCGCGGACCACGAAUUCGAUGAUGAUGAUCCUUUCACGUUCAAUGCACAAGGCAAGAGCAGGGCCCAGUUUGGACAUGACACUAGGCCUCUGUCUAUAUUACUCUUUGAGACGGAGAUCGACCCCCAAAUGCUCUUGGUGCUUCCACCUACGAUAGUGGGGUUUGACAUGGAAGAGAAGUCUUGGGUUUGGCUCUACGUCCACAAUCUCGCGGACGUCAUUUGGAACUGCGAUGCCUUUGACUGGCUAGUUAUUGGCGCGGAACGUAAAGAGCUCAUACGUUCUUUAAUUUCAACCCGCGCAACAAAUGGCGCUUGUUUUCUGGACUUCGUCGCGGGAAAGGGGGAGGGUUUGACCAUGCUCUUCCAUGGGCCCCCAGGAACUGUUCUCUUGCUCGACGAAGCUGAUGUCUUUCUGGACCAGAGAACAGGGGCGGACUUGCGAAGAGACUCUCUAGUUUCGGUCUUCCUACAUGCCCUCGAAUAUUAUAAUGGCAUUAUAAUUCUCACCACAAACCGAGUUGGAUCGCGGCAACUCUGGUCCAAUUUGCUUGAGAGAUUUAAGUCCCUGGGCGAGUUUGCUGACUACGACGAAAUUUUCAAUCAUCUUGAUGAACUAGCCAGCGAGGAGCUCAACGGCAGGCAAAUUCGGAAUGCGUUGACUGCCGCCAUUCGGAUUGCGAAAUCCAGAAUGACACGGACCCGUUAUGUGCAUCUGAAAGGUGUGAUACAGAGUACCAGUUCGUUUGACCAAUACCUGAAUAUCGGACCUCAGGACACAGGGCCUUCGAUGCUUGCUCAAAUCUCUCGUGCGAUCGAGGUGCACAACCACGACAUAUCGGAGGACAAGAAUCUGUGA